CUCAUAAUGUGGUCGCAUGUGACCUUUUGGCCAAGUGCUUCUUUAGUAGCAGUCUAUACCCUGGCAGUAGCUCCUUUGAUCGCACAAACAGUCUGUCUCUGCUUGUCUAGAAAGAAAGAUGAGGAAACGACGGAUUUGACGGAACCAGUGAUGAUGACGGCCGUUAUGACUCCCACAGUAAAAAGCAAAGAGAGCAUCGAACAUAAUCCAGCACCUACUCAAUUACUAAGUGUUUCCACUCCGCUAAUGAACAAUGGAAGCAAAGUUCACAGAAAAGAGUUACUUGAAAUACUUGGUGUUGUAGCCGUCACCACAGGGGGUGGAAGAGAUCCACCGAAGUUUCCAAAGAAAAGAAGGAAUAUUUUCCAUAACGAUGAUUCUGAGGCAGAAGAGACUAUUUACGAGAGAAGAAAGAAAAAUAAGACAGAAUCAGGAUCGAAACUCUGCUCGCUAGUGGCACAAACAAAAGAUCUGGAAGUGGAGAACACGGCCCAGUCUCCUCAGAAAACACAGUCCUACAUUGAAGAGGAUGCGGGCAAGAUCUUCAAUGCAGAGAGAGCGAAGGAGAAACAAAGUUUGUUUGAGACCGUUCGAGAAUGGAUUGAGGAGCAGUGCACCCAACACCAGCUGAGAGAUUCAAAUUUGGAGACGCAGUCGAGUCCUAGGCGCUCGAAAGGGAGAAUACACGGAAUUACACUUAUAAACGAGAAAGAGACAGCACAAGAAGAGCUGCCUCCGGAUAAAACGGUGCGAUCACCGAUCUUGACAAAGGCCAGCAAGGAAUCUGCAGAGAUCGGCGGCAGGGAGGGAGCAGUUGAAACCGAGAUUACCACAAGUUUCCAACAAGAAAAGAAGUAUGUUGACCAAUCGACGCUAAACAAUCUGCAUGCAAAUUAA